UUCCGAUAAGACUGAAUGGGCAACAACUACACAAACCAGUUAAUUGCCGUCAAAUCGUAGUUCGGUUUUUUCAUUUCAAUUCUAUAUGCAAAUAAGUGCGGUUUUAUAUAUAGAAACAAGAAUAAAAUUGGGACAUAAUUCAAAAAAAUAUUUCAAUAUAUGUAAUUGAAAAAAUAUUUUGCAAACAUCAUGUCGCUCUCCAAGCCUAUUUAUUCGUUGCUCGGAGUCUAUUUGGAGCAACUAUUCAAUCAUCCAGUGCGCACUAAAUCCAUAACCAGCUCUAUACUAGCGGCAUCAGCAAAUUAUACAUCCCAACGUAUAGCUGGCCAAAAGAAAGUCAACCAGGAAAGUGUCAUAGCAUACGGCCUCUUUGGCUUAAUAUUUGGUGGUACUGUGCCACAUUAUUUCUAUCAAACGGUUGAGCGGCUUUUCAAACAUGAUAUGAAAUUCCGUCGUUUUUUCCAGUUUCUUUCGGAACGUCUAAUAUUUGCACCAUUUUAUCAACUAGUCUCCCUCUAUUUUCUCUCCAUAUUUGAGAUGAAUACCCAUGAAGUAGCUGUAGCUAAUCUAAAGAAACUAUAUUGGCCUCUACUCCGAGCCAAUUGGCAGUACCUAUCGAUACCCGUGUUCCUUAAUAUGGCAUUCGUGCCACCAAUGUUGCGCACAAUUGCAAUGAGUAUUGUGUCAUUCCUUUGGGUGGUCUACAUUGCACGUCGGCGACGUCGUCUUCAGGAUAAGCAGGCUGGCGGAAAUAAAGACAAAUAAUUAUUUAUAAGAACAUAUGUACAUAACUUAGCUCAAUAAUGUUUCUAAUUUCAAUUUUAAAAUUCUAUUUUUUAUAAAUGGUUGGUUAUAUGGUGCUCUUUGUAUGUGAUUUACAAAGGUUUGUAAAUAUUUUUAAUCAUUGGUGAAGAUAGCCUUAAAAAGAGUCGGAGACAAUAAAGUAAUGUUAAAGUUUUGCUUUUAUACAAUAAUAAA